GGUGCUUUCAUCCAUGUACUCAAAUCCUCCAAUGGAUUAUGCUUAUCAUACACCUUCAUCUCAUCAAUGGAGCAUUCCUCCAACCUAUUCCACACUCACACCAACACCUUCAUUUCCAUCAUUCCCAUGGGAACUCUUUACACCUUACUACACUCAUGGAUCAUCAUCACCAAAUUUGUAUCCAAAUCAUGGAUAUUCACCACAUCCACCUAACCCUAACCCAUAUUCAUCCUACUCAUCAUCUCCUUAUUCAUAUGACUACAAUACUUAUUAUCAACAACUCCAACCAACAAACACCUCUUUUCACCAAUAUCAAUCUCGUUCUAAAAAUAGAGGAAGUUUUGGUAAGAAUCUCCAAGUCACUCAGCCCCCUUUUAAGAAAAACUCAAAAAAAGGUUCACAAAAACCUUUGGAUCUCAACCUCAAACCACAGAUGCAACAUUUCAUUUCGUUCGUGAGACUAGGCGUAGAAACAAACCUAACCUCACCACACCUCACCAAACCCCAAAGCAACCGCAAAAAUGGUCCUUUCAAGCCUCCACCACGUCUUCACCUUCGAGUGCCGUUCCGAUCCCGAUUUCUCCUCUCUUCCAUCACCAAAUCCACACCCUAUUCUUGCUCCAUAUCAUCGACCAGAAAUCUCGACCAACUGGGAAAUCUCGACCAGAAAGCUGAAGCUAUCAUCGUUAAGACUCCUCAAUUGAAGCGGAAAAGUGAAGCAACUGGUUUGGAAGCUGAUUCAAGUAUUAGGGUGACUCAUGGAUCCACUGAACCAGCCAACAGUUCUUCUCAUACGCCGGUAUCUGAUGUAGGGAACGAUAGUAGUUUCGGAAGUGGGAAAAACAUUGUCGUGGUAGAGGAGGAUGUUGGUUCUGAUGAGGGUACCAACUCUGAGUUAAGCAAUCAGGAGGAAGACGACUUGCCAUCAAAGGUGUCUUCCACGGGAAAUUCAGGUUUUCUAUCUAUUGGCGGUCUCCCGUUAUACGCAGAGGACAUCUCAGAGGAUGGACGCGAAGGGAAUGAUGUUGAACCACCUUCUUUCAAGGUAAGAAUUUCAGGUGCUCUCAUUGAGACUUUAAUACAUACGGUUGCUGCUGGGAUUUUGUGUGGUGGAACAACCGAAUCAAAAAAACAUAGUGACAUUGUCAAUCGCACAACUGAUACGUCAAUUUCUCAAAUUAAGAGGCUUAUUGGGAAGCAGUUUUCGGAUGUUGAUUUGCAGCGUGAUCUUAAGUCUUUGCCUUAUAACGUUACUGAAGGAACGGAUGGGUAUCCGUUGAUUCAGGUGAGAUACUUGAGGGAAGUUAGGGCGUAUACGCCUACGCAAGUGUUUGCGAUGAUGUUGUCGAAUAUGAAAGAGAUUGCUGAGAAUAAUCUUAAUGCGGCAGUUAUUGAUUGUUGUAUUGUGAUUCCGGUUUAUUUCACUAAUCUUCAGAGGAGGGCUGUUUUAGAUGCUGCGACUAUUGUUGGGUUGAACCCGCUUCGGUUGCUUCAUGAGACUACUGCUAAUGCGUGGGCGUAUGGGAUUUUUAAAACGGAUCUGCCUGAGAAUGAUCAGCUGAAUGUGGCCUUUGUGGAUAUUGAGCAUGCUAGUAUGCAGGUGUGCUUUGCUGGGUUCAAAAAGGGGCAGCUGAAAGUAUUAGCACAUUUAUACGAUAGGUCGUUAGGUGGUAGGGAUUUUGAUAAGGCUUUGUUUCAUCGUUUUGCUGCAAAGUUUAAGGAGGAGUACAAGAUCGAUGUUUAUCAGAAUGCCAGGGCUUCUCUGAGGUUGAGGACCGCAUGUGAGAAGCUGAAGAAAGUUCUCAGUGCAAAUCCCGAGGCACCUUUGAACAUUGAAUGCUUAAUGGAUGAGAAGGAUGUGAGGGGACAUAUCAAACGUGAUGACUUUGAGCAGCUAGCUCCUCCAAUAUUGGAACGUGUGAAGGGGCCUUUGGAGAAGGCACUGGCAGAAGCUGGUCUUACAGUUGAGAAUAUACUCAUGGUUGAGGUAGUUGGUUCUGGUUCGCGUGUACCGGCAAUUAACAAAAUAUUGACAGAGUUUUUCAAAAAGGAACCUAGGAGGACAAUGACUGCUAGUGAGUGUGUUGCCAGGGGAGCUGCAUUGCAGUGUGCUAUUCUCAGUCCAAUUUUUAAAGUCCGAGAGUUCCAGGUCAAUGAAAGCUUUCCCUUCUCUAUUUCGCUCUCAUGGAAAGGUUCUGGUUCAGAUACACAGGUCAAUUCACCAUACAAUAAACAAAGUACCCUUGUUUUCCCCAAGGGAAAUUCCAUUCCAAGUGUCAAGGUACUGACAUUCUUCAAGGCAGGAACCUUUUUUGUUGACGUUCAAUGUCAUGAUCAAAGUGAUUUAGAAGCAUAUCAACGUGCCUUCAUUUUUAUCCUACAGCUGGCCAUGAUUUUGAGGGACGCACUUAAUACAAAAAUUGAGGAAGCUUUUCACAAAGUUUAUGAACUUUGGACUAAUGCUAUCCGUGCUUACGGUUCACAAUCUGACUUUAAGCAACUUGCAUAUCAGUUAACCCAAAUAAUUUUUGGGGUAGCCCGUCUAGUUCCCAUAGCUAGAUAUAUUUCCCUUAGGUUGAGAUGCAUCUCGAUGCUGAACCAGCUUGCUGCUUGCACUCAAUCAUUUGUACCAGUAUCUAUGCUUCUUUUGGAAAUGCUCGAGAUGAAAAAGUUGAGUCGACCCCCUACAGGAGGUGUUGGCAAAGCUGUUGAUUUACGCAACAUAUUGAAGGUUUCUUUUAAAGAUUUAAAGUUUAUUGCUGGUAAUGAGUCUGAUAAUUCCUAUUUGAGCUACUUAAUAAUGGUUAAUCAUGAGAAGGUUGGGACAUUUCUACAGCUGAUAGCCACAGUCAUUGGUGGUUUUGUGAUAGCAUUUACCAAAGGGUGGCUUCUUACUCUUGUUACUCAAUGGGAUCCGGGAACAAUAUCUCCACUCUCAUAUUUAUUUUCGAACCUUGAGGACAAGGUUCAUGUGAACCCCGCGGCAAUGAUAGGGAGAUUAAUAGAAUAAUUGAUUAUUAGUUAAAUGAGUUUUAUUAGUAUUUUUAUGUAUUGGGAGUAUUUUAUAUUAUGAUGUUUUCUAGAAUUAGUUGGGCUUUACUUAGUUAUUGGGCC